AUGCUCAUUUUCCCAACUGACGAUAAGGAUAUCCGAGAAAGCUUUUUUGUCGAGCCUAGUGAAAUCACAAAUGAUGGAAUAAUGCAGGAAUAUUUGCUGGGUGAAGAGUUGAAGGAAUUAUAUGGUCAUUUCAUUGGCAAAUAUUAUCAACCUUCAGAGUUGAGGGUGAUAACUGGUGUCGAUAAUCGAACAAUAGUUAGUGCAUUAGCUGUUCUUGCAUCACUCCUUCGGCCAGUUGGACGACAAAUUUGGAACGAGAAUUUACCCUGGCAGCCCAUCGCAAUUCACACAAAUGAAAUUUUAGACCAAGUAGCCUUCCAAUUUUAUAAUUUUUCAAAUGAAUUUUGCUCACCACCAUCAUCGUUUGGUGUUUUCGAUUCUUGCCCAAAUCUUCGAGAAAAAUUAAAGCAGAGUGAAGGCUAUACAACUCUACUUCAACGUGAUGCCAAUUUUAAGCAAUGGCUAUCUAAUAUGACCGGACUCACUUUAUCUGAUUUAUUUUUCUAUCAAACUGUGCUAGAUGAGUUAAUCAUAAGGCAUAAUUUGAAAGGAUUAUUUUUACCUGAAUGGGCUAAUGGCGAUCAUUAUAGCGAGAUUUUUUCAAAGAAAAAAUUGCGACUUCAUGUAGAUUUUAUUAAACUUUUUAUAGACGACGCAGGAGCCUUGCUUUUGGAUCUUUUCUCGAGCUCCAUCGACGAUAUAAUACACAACAGAACUUCAAAUAAAUCCUUUCUUUAUUCUGGACACGAUUCAAAUUUGAUAACUUUCGGAAUGUAUUUAAAUUUGAUACAAUUUACGGAAUUACCUCCAUAUGCCUCAUACAUGGCUAUUGAACAUCAUUUAGCCGAAGGCGAAGAUAUAAUCAAGGGAGCCAAAGAUGUUAUCAUUAUUCUGCUAAUUAUCCUCAACGUAGUUCUGAUGUUCAUUUGCAGCGCAUUUAAGAGACGAAUAAAUAUGGUUACAGAUCCUGAACAAAGUCAUUUAUUACGAGCUACAAGCAGAAGACAGAAGUGA